AUGGAGUCUAUCCUGAGUGCGUCAAUUCUAGUGCAGUUCCUCGCCAGCACGCUCGUCAUCUGUUUCACUGCGUUCGUCAUCACAACGGCGGAGAAUAAGCAGGACCUGCCGACGUACAUCACGUACCUCGCGACGAUGUUCUACGAGCUGUUCCUCUACUGCUGGUACGGAAACGAGCUGCUCUCCGAGAGCGAGCGCCUGCAGACGUCGGCCUACGGCUGCGGCUGGCCCGACGCCGGCGCCGGCUUCCAGCGCACGCUGCGCGUCGCCAUGGCGCGCCUCCAGCGGCCAAUCUGCCUCACCGCCGGCAAGUUCUACAAGAUCUCCCGCGAGACCUUCCUGCUGCUGCUGAAUGGCUCCUACUCGUACUUCGCGCUGCUGCACCAGAUGAACGACCGCUAA